AACCGUAGAAAAUUGAAAAAUUCUUAUAAUUUUUCUUUGGUGAAAACGCUUGCGAUAAAAUCUAUUUAAAAAGUACAUUUUUUUGCUAUUCUUGAAAAUGGCAAUAUUUUUGUUCCUCCUUAAUCAAUAAAUUAGAAUUAGAUCUCUUCAUAAUGGAAAUACCUGUGCAAGUAGCUGUGCGCAUUUGUCCCAUUCUGCCUAAGGAGAAACCUAAUACCAUACUAAAUGUCGAUGAGGCCAAAAAUGCAGGGGUGCAAGAAGAUACAGCAUUUUUGCCUAAACCAGACGACGAUGCUCCCGAGGAAGAGAAGGAAACAAAAUGUUGUGUGAAGGCCAUAAACUUGACUACGAAUACCGCGCCUGUUUUUUUAGAGAAUGGUAUAGGUAUGGUGACAGGACUCAUCCAAGUGGGCCCCCAUUCGUUUCCGGUGACCCACGCUUUGCAACCUCACUGCGGCCAGAAUGAGAUCUACCAUCAAACAAUUUUUCCUUUGGUAAGUUUAUUCAUGGAAGGAUUUGAUGCUUCAGUGGUUACGUAUGGCCAGAGGAAUGUUGGAAAAACGUAUACGUUAUACGGCCAUGGCUUUGAUUGCGGCUGUAGCGAAGCUGAUCAGGGCGUAGUGCAAAGGUGUGCUAGGGAAAUUUUUGCGCACAUUGCCAAUCACCCAGAACGCACAUAUGUUGUGAAUAUCGGUUGGGUUGAAAUUUGCGGAGAAGUUAUACGUGAUCUAUUGGGAGUUGGUAAUGUACAUUGCGUUAGCUUAACGGAUGUGUUCCACUGGUUACAAGUCGGUCUAAAUACGUUGAACGCCAGUCGUCGAGAAAUGGCGCAUUCUCUGUUUACUUUGACCUUGGAGCAACAAUGGGUAUCGAAGGAGGGUUUGAUGCAGCAUCGUCUAUCGACUGCUAGUUUCUCCGAUCUCGCUGCGACUGAACGUUUGUUCAUGUUAAAUGCUUUGGAGCAACCUUCGAGUUUACCUAAGGACAUAGGCUUACAAUCACUUGAGCAGGUGGUUAAUGCGUUAACUGAUCCUGGUGCUAAUAGAAAUAUACCUUACAAUCAAACUACAUUAACGACGCUACUGAAAGAUUCGUUCGGAGGUCGUGCUCAAACGUUGGUUAUGUUAUGUGUAUCGCCAUUUGAAAGAGAUGUCAACGAAACCCUGUGUAAUCUUCAGUUUGCCUUUAAAGUGCAAUGUGUUCGUAAUUAUGUUGUAAUGAAUACAUUCUCUGACGACAAUACACCUAUAACACCAGAAAGUCUGUUGCCUGAUAUAGCAAGUGGAGUAACAAAUGCCCUGCAGCCUCAAAUCCAGGAACAAAUCGGUUUACAAUUUGCAGCAAGCCAAUGGUUUAAAUUAGUAGCCAAUGCUGAAGGAUUACUUUCCAAAUUGAUUACUUCUUACAACUUGGCUGAGUUGGAUAAGGAGCAGAUUGAAGAAUGGCUUUUUUUGAAACAGGAAUGUGAAGAAUGUUUAAGUUCUAAUGAGAUAAUGCGCUCUUCUCAGAAGCAAUUAGGGCCUAUUCAAGAAGCGGAAGAACCAGAUGAAGCGAUUAGCGAACCGGAGACUUGUCAACACAAUGAGUCGGACAAUGAAUCUGAUUCGGAAUCGCAAAGGCCUGAUUUGGAAGAGAAACUGGAAACUUUGAUGGAAGAGUUAUCAAUAAGCACCGACCGGUUGGUAAAAGAACGUUAUCAAGAAUUCAUGGAAACUCAUCCAAGGGCUGUGAUGGAAAGUCAAGAAAGUCUUAAAACAAUUAAAAAAGAGGCUAAGCAUUCAGAUGUAGAAGAAAGGAAACCUUCCAUAGGUGGAAGACGUAGAUCUUUACAGCCGGGAACAACCUUAUCCAGUGCUGAAAUAGCCAUGUUAAAUCAGGUGGCGUCUCGCGAGCGACAAGACCUUAAGCAAAAACAAAAUGACGAAUUCUUAGAUAGUUCGACAGAAGUGCCAUUAAGAACCCAUUCCAAUGCUCCGCUGGAGCAUAUACAAAAAAAAGUACGCAAGUUAGACAUAGAUAUAGAAGCACGUUUAAGGCAAAUAAAAGAAGUAGAAGAGACUAUGCAGUUGAAACAGAACAUUAUUAUGGAGUUAGUGAAGAAUUCUGACACGCGUAGUACCGCUAAGCAGAAAUUCCAUAAAAAGCGAGCCAAAUUGGAGGCCGAAUAUGAAAAAACCAAGAAGUCAUUAACCAAAGCCAUGGUUAAUGGUAAGGAUAAGCAAGAAUGCGAAAGACUUAAGGCCAUUAUGCAACAUUUGGAGCAGAGACUCAAAGAUGUCACCUCCAUUAAGCAUAUAGCUGGCGAAAGUGGUCAAAAAAUUAAGAAACUGCAGCAAUCAUUGCAAGAAUCUAAGAAAAUGAUUGAGGAACUGCAAAAAAAGGUAAAGAAAGACCGCAAACUUAAGCAAGCCUUAGAAAAUGAGUUGAAAAAUUUAAAAGAAAAGGAGAAUAGCAAGGGUUUGUUAAAACUCGAAGUAGCUAAUCAAACGCCAGAAGAAAAAGGAAAACAUUUGAAAGAAAUGCAGGCGAGGAUUUCGCAUUUGGAUCAUGUGCUUAGGGAAAAAUCCGAAAACUUGGAGCAAUAUGGAGAUGAUGAACAAAGAGAGACUUUGAGGCACGAAAUACGUAAUUUACGUCGCACUCGUGAUCAUUUAUUGGAUCAAAGAUGCUCUUUGGAUCGUAAGCUUAAAAGGGACAAGAAUCUAACCCAGAAAGAAGAGCGCAAACUGUUAGAGUGCGAUGAAGCUAUCGAAGCCAUAGAUGCCGCAAUUGAAUUUAAAAACGAAUUAAUUUGUGGCCAUAAAUCGAUAGAUACCAGCGAUCGUUUGCAAAGGGAAAAAGGUGAACAAAUGUUAAUGGCCAGGCUAAAUAAGCUAUCGCUAGAGGAGAUGCGAACUAUGCUGUACAAAUAUUUUAAUAAAGUCAUUGAUUUACGGGACUCAUCACGCAAAUUGGAGUUACAGAUACUGCAACUGGAACGUGAAAAAGAUGCCUGGGAAUGGAAAGAACGAGUUUUAUCAAACGCCGUACGCCAGGCCCGUUUAGAAGGAGAACGGAAUACUGUUUUAUUGCAGAGACAGCAUGAGAUACAAAAGGCUUUAAUUUUAAGGCAUUUGGUAGAGGAAACCGCGAACAGUUCAACAAGCUUUACCGAUUCGCAAGUUAAUCUGGGAGUUUUGAGAAAUAAUAAUAUAUCUUUGGCUGCUAAUAAUUCUAAUGGUGCAAUUUACUCGGACACGGAUUCAAUGAUUAAUCAUAAAAUGUUUAAAUCGUCAAAAAUGGCGGAAAUGGAAAUGUGUCCUCUAAACGAUAACGGCUUGAGCAAAUAUAAGCCGUUAGAUAAGUUUAAGGAAAAAGGAAGAGAAACAAAAAAUAAAUUAUUUAAAUUUCAAGUGCUGACGCGUUAUGCCAGCGCAGGUCAAAAUGAAUCGGGAGUAAAUCCAAUUGCCUCAUCCUCAUUAAACUCUGAUGACGGUGCUAAUUAUAAAGGGCGUAAAGAUAAAGAGACAUCUGCUAUAGCAAUACCUCAAGAAAAUCUCAAAAAAUUAGCCAUCAAUACGAAUAGUACUAAAGUAACAAGGCAGAAAAAUAAAAUUAUCAUUCAUGAUAAUUCCAGAAAAAAUUGAGAAAAAAAUAUUUAGGAUGUAGGAGGAAAUUUUUUCUUUCCAUAUAUAAGAUGGAAAAAUUUUAUGUUAUAUGUAACUAUUAAACUGAAUUCAUUAUUAAUUCAUAUUUUCGUUUGUUUUAUAAAUUAUACAGAAAUGUGUUUAUGUUUUGGACGUUUUGUUUUGUUUUU